GGAGCAGCCGACUUGGCGCUAUUCGCACGCACCAGAGUUUCCUCUACGACAUGUAAAGCGAUGACAAUGACAUGAUGGCCGGAACGGAGAAUGUCACGCACGUUCGACGAAAUGAUCUCAGGUCCAAAUCUCCCAAGCCGGACGUAAAACUCCAGCAGCUAUUUCUUGACCGCGUACCGGUCACCUACGAGUAUACAGAUAUAGCGCAACCUCGGGAAGACACAAAGAGUGAAGAUGGAGGUCAGAAAGAAGUCGAAGAGCUUGAAUUCAGGCUAUUUGCAUCAACAACAGAGUCUCAAAUGCCCGUGAUUCGCAUCCGACUACAUUCGCCUGCGUGCAAGGAAGAGUCGGCCAAUCUCGCCCGCGGUCGUCCAAAGAGCUAUUACUUUAAAGGCCAACCAUCGGUCAAGGAGCAGGCGCAGCUGAAUAGCGUCGCGCUUUCUGGGGAACAAGUAAUAGAGAUGUCCAAGAUGCCCUGUCCCGGACUUAACCUGCCGUGCCGAGUGAUAAAGCUUCAAACGCUCUCGACAUCACAUGCUACAGAUGCGCUAAGUAAAGACACUGAUGGAAUCAAGACCUGGCAAGGUGAGAUAAGCACAGUGUUCGAUAAGAAGAGGCGGAAGCGACCUGGCAAGAAGUCGAGGGUUGCUGUACGGAAAAAAUUGCAAAAGGAGGCGGAGCGUGUUCGGCUGGCGCGCAUCGCGGAGAUUGACAAAGAGCUAGCAGAACGCAUGAAAAAGUCGAAGAAAAAUCGAGACAAGAAGCUAAGACAGCGAGCGAAAGAGAAGGAAAGGAAAGCCGCAGCACGUGCGCAGCAAACAAGUGGAAAAGACAACGGCGAUGUCAAUGAUUGAACUGUCAGAUUCAGGCGAUAUUACUGAUGAUCCAUUCGAUGUGAAUCUGAUGAUCCGAUGGUUUGAUGCUGAUGAGAAGCGCCCGAGGCGGAAGGUGUCUGCUUCGCAACAUUCGGUCAUUUGUUGAUCCGGAUCAGAGUUCCAGCUAGUAGCUCGACUCUCGUUAUCAUUUUGUCGACUAUUGACGGUUCUCUGUCUACGAUAUUGCGUAAUAUUAUCAAACGAUACUGAGGAUACAGAUAGAAAGUAGGUGAAGGCACAAGACGCAUGCUUUCAAAUGUGUCACAAAAAGUCGUGCAGGCCUAAAAGACAUUUCAAACCAUCCCAGAAUGACAAAUUCUCGCUCCGCUGUCGACUCAAGUCCAUGGUUUCAUACACUGGAAGAGCUCCGCAAUUUUAGAAGAGCAGCAACGGAGAAAACAAUCUACACCGCAGCGUCAGCUAAAGUGCUCCGGCAGUCCUCUGCACUAUUCCACCUGCGCGUUCUACAUAUCGAACCUGAGGACAACCCAGAUCAACUUCUUCGCCUGCACAUUGUUUUACAUGAAGCGCAAACGCAGAAGAUCGGGAACUCAGGGCUGGCGCCUUGGUUUUCGUUGACUCGAAGACGUCAAACAGUGAAAGGUUCAAUCAGGCAAUUUGGGUUAUACAGCGGCAUGUACGAGCCCCAUUAUUGGGUGUGUUAAGAGGCAAUGGCUAUCUUUGUGGCCCUGUGGCACUCAUUCGGGGAGUUACAGAUCCAGGCAGUUCCUCCAACGCUGUUCUUCGGCCGCAAAUUACUAUUGAGAAUUUGAGGAGACAACUUCAAUUCUCUGGACACGUAUGGCAUGAAUGUCACUCGACCUCAUUCCUGAUCAACAUGAGGAAGGAUAUUGCAUAGUGGCAACUGAGCUUUGGGAGCACUCUGCUGAAAGCUGUUGGAAUAUCUGCAGGCUUGUCGAUGGAUCGUGGAUCUCUGCGAAUUUGCUCAACUUUAGCUAACGUGACGGCUACCCGUGAGUUCCUUCUACAAAUGGGAUCACUGAAAGUGCCAGUAGCUUUCAUAGAUACAUAUAUGCUCGGCAUCUACAGCCACCUGGCAAUUGAUCAUCCGCAAGCGCCGAGAUAUCACGCUCGAGCUACCACCUUAGAAAAAUUUACGGCGAUAUUUCUAUGUCUACCGCCAGAAGCCGUUUACGAGCCGCUUAUGAAGGAAAACAUGAUGAUCUUGCUAUUGAGGCCCAUCACCUAGCCGCGGCCCAUGGGCACACUUUAGACGACACAGUCGGUUGAGCAUGUCAGUAAAGACCUUCGACUCUCGAGAGCACGCUAGUGGGCCAAGCGAAUCUUCGAUCGCAAUGAAAUUGCUGCAGAAAAUUGUGAGCGCGACGUUUCCCGUCAUCUGCUCAACAUGGCUCUGAAAAUAAAUGCGCCUGUUAACUUUGGAUUCUCCUUAUUUCCAAAGGUUUUCCUGGAUUUCGGUCGUGAUACGAGUCUGCUCCUGGCACUGAGCUGUGAAAUCGACCUUGACGUGCCUAGAUUUCGUGUCCACACCGCCCCCCAUGAACGCCCAACUCGUCUAUAUUCUUGUCUCCCAAAGCGCGAGCAUGUUGGUGCAGCGGCUGAAUAAUGAGCGGAAUCGCCCCAUUCAAAGGCCAUUACCUGUGGGAGAUGACCGGAGAAUUGGAUGAUUGAUAGCCGGGCAUUGCCUUUAUCUCGUGAAGGCACUAAGAAAGCAAGUCGGGGCUGUUUUUACGUCGAAGAUUUAUUCGAAGCUGAAGAAAGAAGAGCAAGAACUGCUCAAAGUUAUUUAUUGGAAGCUUCUCAAUGGGGAUAUGAGUUGUAUGUCAACUGCUGCCUUUGGUUCUACGCCAGGACAGUGGUGGAAAUAAAAAAAAUUCCAAAGGGAAGAGUAGGGUCUGUUUCCAUCAAGAUCUGAGUUGAAUAUCAUGGGCCAAGCCAAGGUUCUAGAAAGAUUGUAAACGUUUUCCCGGGCAUGUCUCAGGAUAACCUAAGAUCUCACAAUGACGAUGUAUCCUACUCCCCUUUCAAGCAAGAAAAUUUGACGCCACAAUCGGAU